AUGGAAGGAGUAUCAGUCACCGUGUACAGAAGAAUUACUCGAUACUGGCGAAGGAAGGGAUACGAGAGGCUAAAUGGAAAUGCCGGCGGCCGCGGAAGAAAAUCACGCGUGGUUGAGCAAGCCGCUUCCGAUGGAAAUAGCCGUCGACGGCGGUUCUGGAGGAUAAAAUUGACUCCAAGGCUUAAGCUCAAGCUCCGAUUCACGCCGAAGAAGUUUUUGUGCGGAUUACGCGAUGCAUACGUGAAUAUGAUGAUGAAACUCGCGAACACGAGAAUGAUCAGCACCGGAUGUUCGGGCGGAUACGCCGGAGAUGGAGUGACUGGAUACGGAUUGAGACCAAUCAAGGAGUAUGAUGAAAGGAUGAUUGUUGAGAUCUACAAAUCGAUUAUCAUGGCUCAAGGUCAAUUGGUGCCUCGUGAUGCCGCCAGAAUUGGCACCGGCAUUGUAUGCCGACGGUAA